UUUUUUGUGUGGCGGGUGGUUGACAGCUGGGCUCGCCUGCGCUCCAGCUCCAGUCUGCUAAGAAGCUUCAUCCCCAAAUAGGAUGACCGUCGGCGGCUGUCGCGGACGAGCCUGCGCGAACCUCAGUGACCGUCGCCACAACCGGGACUCCCGCUUCACUAUUCCCUUGGGACACUUUUAGAGCCUCCCGAACACAUCGGCGUGUGUUUUUUUCUUUUUUCUUUCUUUCUAGUUCUGUAGUGUGGAUUUCGAGAUGGAUAUUCCGAUUUGAGCGCCGCGCACUCACACGCUCACGCACACACAAAAAGAAGAGACGCGCGAGAGAAAAGUAGCGCUCGUUUUGUUGUGAGUCGUUGCGUUAAAUAAUCACAUUUUAUGGAUUACUAAUAGACAAGAGUCGAGCAACCGCUACGAGAUCCGUCCAUUCAUGAGCUGAAGGCUGAGCUACAUCUGCACCAGAGAACCAGCAGCAGCAGGAGCAGCAGCAGCAGUAGAGUUGUGCGACCAUGAGGUCAGAGGCCUUCCUCCUCUACUUCAUGCUACUGCACAUAGCUGGAGCGGGCUUCCCCGAAGACAGUGAGCCUAUAAGCAUCUCCCACGGCAACUACACAAAGCAGUACCCGGCCUUUGUUGGCCACAAGCCUGGCAGAAACAGCACACAGCGGCACAAACUGGACAUCCAACUCAUCAUGAUCAUGAACAAGACUUUAUUCAUCGCCGCAAGGGAUCACAUAUACACAGUGGACACGGACACCGCCACGAACGACGAGAUCUUUUUCAGUAAGAAAAUGACGUGGAAGUCCAGGCAGGCUGACGUGGACACAUGCCGAAUGAAAGGGAAGCACAAGGACGAGUGUCACAAUUUCAUCAAAGUCCUCCUGCAGCAAAACGACGACGCCCUGUUUGUUUGCGGGACAAACGCGUUCAACCCCUCGUGUCGAACGUACAAAAUGGACACCCUGGAGGCUCUCGGAGAGGAGAUCAGCGGGAUGGCUCGUUGCCCCUAUGACGCCAAGCAUGCCAACGUUGCCCUCUUUGCUGACGGCAAGCUGUACUCGGCUACGGUCACCGACUUUCUGGCCAUUGAUGCGGUCAUCUAUCGUAGCCUUGGAGACAGCCCGACUCUGCGUACGGUUAAACAUGACUCCAAGUGGCUAAAAGAGCCCUACUUUGUGCAGGCAGUCAAUUACGGAGACUUCAUCUAUUUCUUCUUCAGGGAAAUUGCCAUGGAGUACAACACGAUGGGAAAGGUGGUGUUUCCUCGGGUGGCGAGGGUUUGCAAGAAUGACAGAGGCGGCUCACCCCGCGUCCUGGAGAAGCAAUGGACAUCGUUCCUCAAAUCCCGCCUGAACUGCUCCAUUCCGGGCGACUCCCAUUUCUACUUCAACAUCUUGCAGGCAGUAACUGACGUCAUUCACAUCAACGGGAAGGAUGUUGUGAUGGCCACCUUCUCCACACCGUACAACAGCAUUCCAGGCUCGGCCGUGUGCGCCUAUGACAUGGCGGAGGUGGCCCACACUUUCACGGGGCGCUUCAAAGAGCAAAAAUCCCCAGACUCCACCUGGACGCCUUUUCCCGAAGAGAAGGUUCCCAAGCCAAGGCCUGGCAGCUGCGCCGGCAGUCCAUCUAUGGAGAGGUACAAGGUCUCCAAUGAGUUCCCCGACGACACUCUUAACUUUAUCAAGAUGCAUCCGCUGAUGGAUGAGGCGGUGCCUUCUAUUGCCAACCGGCCCUGGUUCCUGAAAACCAUGGUUCGCUAUCGCCUGACACGCAUUGUGGUGGACAGUGAAGCGGGCCCCUAUAGGAACCACACUGUGGUCUUCUUGGGAUCUGAGAAAGGCAUCAUCCUCAAGUUCCUCGCUAAGAUGAACAACGGCUUCCUAAACGACAGCUUGUUCCUGGAGGAACUCAACGUCUACAAUCCUGACAAGUGCAGUAUAGACGGCAUGGAGGACAAGCGCAUCGUCAGCAUACAGAUCGAUGCUAAGGGUCACGCCCUGUGGGUGGCGUUCACUUCCUGUGUGGUUAAAGUGCCUCUGUCUCGCUGCGAAAGGCACGGAAGCUGCAAGAAGUCCUGUAUCGCCUCCAGGGACCCUUACUGCGGUUGGGUGUCAGAAGGAGCAUGCAGCCAAGUGAUUGAUACCAAAUCCGCCUUUGAGCAGGACGUGGAGCAUGGUAACACAGAUGGCCUGGGAGACUGCCAAAAUACCUUCGUGGCACUGAAUGACGUUCCUUCCAGUUAUAAAGGCCGCCAUCACCACCAUCACCACCACACCCUCGCACUCCCCACGCCGGCCCUACCCGAGGCCGCCGAGGGCCCCCUGGGGCGGGGCCGCAUGGUGGAGCGCAAGGAGCGCCCCAUGAGUUCAGAAACAGGGGAGGAGCCCUACAUGGCCGUACCCUCUCAGACUCAGCCCGAAGCCGAUGGUGUGAUCCGUGAGAGCUACCAGAAGGGCCGCGACCAGUUGGUUCCCGUCACGCUGUUGGCCAUCGCCGUCAUCCUGGCGUUCACCAUGGGCGCCAUAUUUUCCGGCAUUAUCGUUUACUGCGUUUGCGACCACCGGCGGCGGGACUUGGACCUGCCCGGUCGCAAAGACAAGGAGAACCACCACCUCCACUCGCGCCGGGGCUCCAUGAACAGCGUAACCAAACUGACGGGUCUGUUCGAGACGCAGGCCAAAGACGGCCGACCCGAGGCCAUGCUCACGCCGUUGAUGCACAACGGGCGACUGACGCCCAACGCGAAGAUGCUGAUCAAAGCCGAGCAGCACCACCUCGACCUCACCGCUCUGCCGACGCCCGAGUCCACUCCCAUGCAGCCGCGCCGCAAGCCCAGCCGGGGGAGCCGCGAGUGGGAGCGCAACCAGAACCUCAUCAACGCUUGCACCAAGGACAUGCCGCCCAUCGGCUCCCCCGUCAUCUCCGACCUGCCCCUGAGGGCGUCCCCGGGGCACAUCCCCAGCGUGGUGGUGUUGCCUCUGCCUCUGCCCCAGCACCAGCUCCCUCCUCACCUGCAGCAGUCCUACCAGCACGAGUACGUUGAGCAGCCUCACCCCAGCGACCUCGGCAUGGGCCUCAUGGACGACCAGGGCGCCACCCUGGAGUACAAGACGGUCAAAAACCCCCACCACAAUCUCACCAUGGUGGAUCCGGACGGGGCGCUGCCACCCCGCGUGCCCCAACGAGAGGCUUCGCUCACCGUUCCCCCCGCGGUGCCGCAGAUGGGCAAACGCCUCGAGGUGCACUCGUCCGUCUACGGCCUCCGGAAAGGCUCGUCGUCCUCCGCCUCGGGCUCGUCCGGCCUCAAGAAGCACAACACCAACUCGUCCAACUCCUCCCAUUUGGCGAGGCACCAGAGCUUCAACCGCGUGGAGACGCCGCCCCCCGCGCCGCAGCGGGUGGACUCCAUACAAAUGACAGCGCAGGGCAUAUCUCUGUCACGGCAGCCGGCCAUGAGCUCCUAUGGUUCGCUGCCCCGUGGGGGCAUCAAGCACCUCAAGCCCGACGUCCCCCCAAAACCAUCCAUUGUGUCGCUCUCCACAAAGGUCAAGUCCAGUGAUGGCUGCACAUAGUCUGACGGAGACCAUUUGGACUACUUGAUCAGUCCUUUGUUGGGUGUACAGUACAAUGGAUAAUCCGACACCGUCUUUUUUUUUUGUUUUUUAAGAAAACACUUUCUUUUAUACAAAUAUGUAAAUAACAUCCGAGCCGGGGAACGCUUGCUACUCAAACAAAAGAAGACCCCGAUGAUUUGAUCUGUGUAGCAUGGUGAAGUGGGGGCUUUCUUGAUCUCUUCAAGGACAAAAUGAAGUCAGGUGGUUGAGGAAUGGCCGGGGGGGUUUUGGGGCAUACAGUACAUUGAGGUCCAGCCGACUCGGAGACUGAAAAGUCAGCUGCCUGUUGGACUACUGUGAAAAGCCUCCAAGUGUUACCGCAAUCACGUCGCCGCCUGGACGGGCCUGGACAUAGAAGACUCCUCCCUUUUCACUGAACAACAUUUGACUGUUAAUACUAAUAGCUUGUUGUAUUUAUUUUUUAUGAAGUGCUUUUGAAGAGAAACAAAAAGACUUUUUAGGCUCAACAAAGAGAGUGGGCAUAUGAUCUUUUUAAUAUGAAUUAAUCAAGUGUGAUUUAAAAAAAAAAAAACAACAACACCUAUUUAAAGUCAGUAAACUGGAGCCAGUAGAUUUUUUUUUAAUGACUUAAGGUGAGGAGGAGAAGAUAUUUAUUUACAGUGUGCCACAAUGGACUUUUACUGUCACAGACCAUUUCUAAUUCAAAAGGAAUAUUUGCCCUUUUCACUCCUCCAAUCAGCACCGUGUUUUGUGUGCGUGUGUUUGUGUGUGUUUGUGCGCGUGCGUGCGCGUGAGUCAGUAAUGUCGCUCCUGAUUGGCCACGUCAUAU